UGCACCCCUGGGGCCCCUGCUUCCCAGACUUUUCCCCAUCACCUUUCCGAGGGCUUUCGUGGGAUCCUCGGCCGCCUCCGCGCCGGCGGCCCUUCCCCUCCGGCCGCGACCCGCCCCUAGCUCCUGUUGUCCGGCGCUGCCCCCUCCCUCCUCACCCCUCCCUGGUCGAGUCCGCGUUGCCCGCCCCCACACUCCUGUCAGCGCGCACCUCCUGGUCCCCAGUCUCGUGCCCUCCGCCGGGCUUGAGUCACCGGGAAACUGGGCUCUGAGUCAGGGCCCGAGGAUCAGCACCGGACCAUGGUUUGGGUAUGGGGCCCCGCUGGAGUGUGGUGGAGGGAGGCCAGGGCUGAGGCUGGGACGGAAAGGGAGGCCUGGUCAGGGACGGAGUAUGAAAUAAACAGAGAGAGCCCUGCAGGCCGAGAUGGGGAGUCAGAGAAGUCUCGAAUCAAGGUCGGAGAGAUGUGGCCAGAGAGACUGAUACAACUAAAGACCGAGUUAGAACUGGAGACUGCGAAAAGGAUAGGCUUCAGUAGAGGGCAAAACAGAGUGGUACAGGGAGAUGGACAAAGAUGGAUUUAGAGGUAGAGACAGAGAUGCGGUGGGAUGGAGGCAGGGACAAGGCAGAGAUAAAACUCAGGGGAGACAGAGUCAGUGAUAGGCUCAGGGAAUAAACAGGGAGAGGCUGGCAGAAUGGGCCAGAGCUCCAGAGAGCUAAGCCCCAGGACAUGGGCAGAAAGGAGGAAGGCUUGGACAAAGCAGAGGUAAGGAGAUGUAAUUUCAUAGGGUGUUCACGCCAACGUGCACACAUGUGUAUUCUGCCAUGGGUGUAAGGGUGGAGAAGACCCAAAGACUCCAGAGCACCCCUAGCAUCUCUGUGGCCCAGUUCUCCCCCAAUCUCUACCCCCAGAUGCCCUCUGCCCAGGGUUCAGACUCCACCUAUUGGGACUGGUUAGGGCUCUCCAGUCAGCCUGACCAGGGCAGGCAGGAUGUGGGGGUGGCUAGGGCUGGAGGGACAGGAAGGAAGUCUGAGCAGAGACAAUAGGUGGAAGGGGAGGAGGAACUGGGAACAGCAGGAUUAGGAUGGCCAACCGGCAUCAUAGCUCAAAACCAGUGGGAGUGGGGUCUGCAUCCCUCUCCCCACCUUAUGGCACGUCUGGAUCAGAACACGCCAGUAGCCCCCUCCUCCCACAAACCCACCAGCCUAUUCUCUCUCACACACACAUACAACCCACACAUAGGUUCUAGCAUCUAGUCCCAUGCUUAUCUCAGCUGGGUGUGCAGUAAAGUAGGGGAGGAGCUUUGAUCCAGACCCAGGGUGGGGCAGAAGCCUGGGGGCCAAGACUACCACCAACUUGCUGUGAGCCUGGUCAAGCCUCUUUCGCUUUCUGGACCUCAGUUUCCUGAUCUGCAAAUGGAGGGAUUCUCCUACAAGAGCUUUUUCUGGUAUUCUGGGGUGGCUCUGCCUCCAGAUCUCAGACCUUUGGACAUUUUUGAUUGGAGAAAGAUUGAAGUCUGGUACUCCCUGUCCAAGCCUCAGGGACAGGGAGGGGGGAUACUCAGCCUGAGCCCUCCCUUCACCCUGCCCCUUCCCCCAGCAAUGGCCUGAGCCCCCAUGGCUGCCCCUCAGGACCUGGACAUCGCUGUGUGGCUGGCCAAGGUGCACCUGGAGCAGUAUGCAGACACGUUCCGGCAGCAUGGCCUGACUACAGCGGGUGCAGCCCGGGGCCUGGGCCAGGAGGAGCUGAGGCAGUUGGGCAUCAGCGCCACAGGGCACCGGAAACGCAUUCUCCGCCUACUGCAGGCGAGUGCUGCAGAGGGCUUCCCGGAUCCCCAGUCAGAUAGUGCCAUGGAGCCAUCCUCCAGUCCAGACCCCCAAGCCCAGACCUCCAAGCCUGUGCCCAAGCCCAGGACAGUGUUUGGUGGGCUCAGCGGCCCUGCCACCACCCAGAGGCCUGGGCCAAGCCCAGCCCUGCGAGGACCAGAAGUUUCCAGGAGCCCAGAGUCCAGCCCAAGGUCCCCUCCUCUCCCUACUGCCUCUUCUGAGCAGACUUCAGCCUUGAAUACUAUGGAAAUGACUCCCAAUGCCAUCUACUUCGGUUUGGACUUAAGAGGCGGGUCACAGGCAACUCAGGACAUAACCCCAGAGAGCUCCCAGAAAGCUGCCCCCACCCCUGCCCUCAGGCCUGCCACCGGCACAGUGCACAUCAUGGACCCUGGUUGCCUGUACUAUGGUGUCCAGCCUGUGGGGGUCUCAGGGUCCCCCGACAGAAGAGAGGGCAGAGGUGUCUGUCAGGACAGGGCUGAACACAGGCUCAGCAGGCAGGAUCUGGAAGCAAGGGAGAAUGCCGGCUAUGCCAGUCUUGAGCUGCCUGGGGACUCCACCUUCUUGAUGCCCACCUUGGACACGGAAGAGACCAGUGAUGACCUCAUUUCACCCUAUGCCAGCUUCUCCUCCACAGCAGACCCCCCCAUGCCCCUGCUCAGUGGCUGGCUGGACAAGCUCUCACCUCAAGGAAACUAUGUCUUCCAGAGACGUUUUGUGCAGUUCAAUGGGAGGAGUCUGAUGUACUUUGGCAGUGACAAGGACCCCUUCCCCAGGGGUGUGAUCCCCUUGACUGCCAUUGAGAUGACCCGCAGCAACAAGGACAACAAGUUUCAGGUCAUCACCAGCCAGAGGGUAUUUGUGUUCCGCACAGAGAACGAGGCUCAGCGGGACACAUGGUGCGAUACGCUGCAAUCCUGCCUGAAGGAGCAGCGCCUCCUGGGCCACCCCCGGCUGCCCCAGCCACCCCGUCCCCUUCGCACGGGCAUGCUGGAGCUGCGUGGACAUAAGGCCAAGGUGUUUGCUGCCUUGAGCCCUGGAGAACUGGCGCUGUACAAGAGUGAGCAGGCCUUCUCUCUGGGCAUUGGGAUCUGCUUCAUCGAGCUGCAGGGCUGCAGCGUCCGGGAGACCAAGAGUCGCAGCUUCGACCUGCUCACGCCCCAUCGCUGCUUCAGCUUCACAGCCGAGUCUGGUGGGGCUCGGCAGAGCUGGGCGGCCGCUCUGCAGGAAGCAGUAACCGAGACCCUGUCUAACUACGAGGUGGCUGAGAAGAUCUGGUCCAACCGAGCAAACCGGCACUGUGCAGACUGUGGGGCUUCGCAGCCAGACUGGGCUGCCGUCAACCUGGGGGUGGUCAUCUGCAAGCAGUGUGCAGGUCAGCACCGAGCGUUGGGCUCUGGAAUUUCCAAGGUGCAGAGCCUGAAGCUGGAUACAAGUGUCUGGAGUAAUGAGAUAGUGCAGUUGUUCAUUGUCCUGGGUAACAAUCGAGCCAACCGCUUCUGGGCAGCGGCAUUACCCCCAGGCGAAAGGCUGCAUCCAGAUGCAUCCCCUGGCCCUAGAGGAGAGUUCAUUUCCCGAAAAUACCGGUCAGGUCUCUUUCGGAAGCCUCAUCCUCAGUAUACAGAUCAUAGCCAGUUUCUCCAGGCACUGUGUGCAGCUGUGGCAGGACCCAACCUGUUAAAGAACAUGGCUCAGCUCCUCUGUGUUGAGGCCUCCGAGGGUGAGGAAGAGCCCUGGACCCCUUCAGCCCUGGAUGGCAACCUCCCUGGCCUCUUGCCCCCAGACCCCUCCCCUGGUGUAUACAACGAGGUGGUGGUGCCUGCCACUUACAGCAGCUUCCUGUACUGUGGUUCCAUCAGCAACAAAGCUGGACCCCCACCCCCUCGCAAGGGCCGGGAUGCUCCCCAACGACUGUGGUGUGUGCUGGGAGCAGCUCUGGAAAUGUUUGUGUCAGAAAGCAGCUCUGAACCCCUCAGCCUCAUCCAGCCCCAGGAUGUUGUCUGUCUGGGCGUGAGCCCCCCACCCACUGACACAGGUGACCUCGACAGGUUCCCCUUUUCCUUUGAGCUCAUCCUUACUGGGGGGAGGAUCCAGCAUUUUGGGACAGAUGGAGCUGACAGUCUGGAAGCCUGGACCAGUGCCCUGGGCAAGUGGUUCUCCCCUCUGAGCUGUCACCAGCUGCUGGGUCCUGGGCUGCUGCGACUGGGCCGACUAUGGCUGCGGUCCCCCUCCCACACAGCCCUGGCCCCUGGCCUCUGGCUGUCAGGGUUCGGCCUCCUUCGUGGUGACCACCUGUUCCUGUGUCCUGCACCGGGUCCAGGACCCCCAGCCCCUGAGGACAUGGUGCAUCUGCGGCGGCUACAGGAGAUCAGUGUGGUCUCUGCAGCUGACACUCCAGACAAGAAGGAGCAUUUAGUCCUGGUAGAGACAGGAAGGACCCUGUAUCUGCAGGGUGAGAGCCGGCUGGACUUCUCAGCAUGGAAUGCAGCCAUUGGUGGGGCAGCCGGCGGGGGCGGUACAGGGCUGCAAGAGCAGCAGAUGAGCCGGUGUGACAUCCCCAUCAUUGUGGAUGCCUGCAUCAGUUUUGUCACCCAGCACGGGCUUCGGCUGGAGGGCGUGUACCGGAAAGGCGGUGCCCGUGCCCGAAGCCUGCGGCUCCUGGCUGAGUUCCGGCGGGAUGCUCGGUCAGUGAAGCUCCGACCAGGGGAGCACUUUGUGGAGGACGUCACGGACACACUCAAACGCUUCUUUCGCGAGCUCGAUGACCCUGUGACCUCUGCACGGUUGCUGCCUCGCUGGAGGGAGGCUGCUGAGCUGCCUCAGAAGAAUCAGCGCCUGGAGAAAUACAAAGAAGUAAUUGGCUGCCUGCCUCGGGUCAAUCGCCGCACACUGGCCACCCUCAUCGGGCAUCUCUAUCGGGUGCAGAAGUGUGCGGCUCUAAACCAGAUGUGCACGCGGAACCUGGCCCUGCUGUUUGCCCCCAGCGUGUUCCAGACAGAUGGGCGGGGGGAACACGAGGUGCGAGUGCUGCAGGAGCUCAUCGAUGGCUACGUCUCUGUCUUUGAUAUUGACUCUGACCAGAUAGCUCAGAUUGACUUGGAAGUCAGUCUUAUCACCACCUGGAAGGAUGUACAGCUGUCCCAGGCUGGAGACCUUAUCAUGGAGGUUUAUAUAGAGCAGCAGCUCCCAGACAACUGUGUCACCCUGAAGGUGUCCCCAACACUGACUGCUGAGGAGCUGACUAACCAGGUACUGGAGAUGCGGGGGACUGCAGCUGGGACAGACUUGUGGAUGACAUUUGAGAUUCUCGAGCAUGGGGAGCUUGAGCGGCCACUGCACCCCAAGGAAAGGGUCCUAGAACAGGCCCUGCAAUGGUGCCAGCUCCCGGAACCCUGUUCAGCCUCCCUGCUCUUGCGAAAAGUCUCCCUUGCCCACGGUGGCUGCCUCUUCACAGGUACCCGGCGUGAGAGCCCACGGAUGGGGCUGCUGCGGUGCCGUGAGGAGCCGCCCCGAUUGCUGGGAAGCCGCUUCCAGGAGAGAUUCUUUCUUUUGCGUGGCCGCUGCCUGCUGCUGCUCAAGGAGAAGAAGAGCUCUAAACCAGAACGGGAGUGGGCUUUGGAAGGUGCCAAGGUCUACCUGGGAAUCCGCAAAAAGUUAAAGCCUCCAACACCGUGGGGCUUCACGUUGAUACUAGAGAAGAUGCACCUCUACCUGUCCUGCACUGACGAGGAUGAGAUGUGGGACUGGACCACCAGCAUCCUCAAAGCCCAGCAUGAUGACCAGCAGCCAGUAGUCUUACGACGCCGUUCCUCCUCUGACCUUGCUCAUCAGAAGUUUGGCACUAUGCCCUUGUUGCCCAUUCGUGGGGAUGACAGCGGGGCCACCCUCCUCUCAGCCAAUCAGACCCUGCCGAUGAAGUCAUCCCAGGGGUCUGUGGAUGAGCAAGAGGAACUGGAGGAGCCUGUGUAUGAGGAGCCAGUGUACGAAGAAGUGGGAGCCUUCCCUGAUCUGACUGAGGAGACCUCCACCUCCUCCACCAUACGGGAGUGGACAGCCAAGCCAGAGAACCCCCUCCCCAGCCAGAGGUUCUUUGAUCAACUUCUGCUCUCCAAGGCAGGCACCCUGGGCUGGGAGGAGAGGCCACCUGAGCCCCCUCCUGGUCCCCCUUCAAAGAGCAGUCCCCAGGCACAUGGGUCCCUGGAGGAGCAGCUGCUCCAGGAGCUCAGUAGCUUCAUCCUAAGGAAAGGAGAAACCACCACAGGCCUUGGCAGCCCCUCCCAGCCCUCCAGCCCCCAGCCUCCUAGCCCCACUGGCCUUCCCACACAGACAUCCAGCUUCCCCACCGAACCCCCUUGUACUUCCAGUCUACCCUCCAGCCAACCCCUCACAUGACCCUAGGACCAGCAGUCUGAGAGGGUAGGUACCCAGGAGGCAGAAGACCCAAGCUCUUACCAUGAAAGACACUGCUGGGAGCUUCCUCUGCCCUGGCUGGAAAGACUGCAGAAUCCAAUGUAGUGCUGUGGGAGGAGCACUGGACUGAGGGUUUAGGAGGCUGUAGUCCCACGGCAGCUCAUGGCCCUUCUCUGGGACUCAGCUCACUUCUCUGUACUGUGAGGUAACUGAAAUAAGGAGAACUCUGUUUCUCAGAGUUGUAAACCUUACAUAUUUUCCCUCAACAAGGACAUCUCCUGCUUUAUGUAUUUGAUAUGUAGGGAUUCUGUGAGAGAUUUGAGGUUUUAAAAAGAAUGGUUUUACUGCAUUAAAGAAAAGGCUUGAAAGCCAGAGGUCUGGGUGAUCUUCAAUCCAUCCUACCCCAUCUCCUACAUUCUGGAAUUACACUGAAGCUCUGGAGUGGAGAGGUCAAUUGGGGCCCCGGACUGGGGCAAAGAGGAGCCAAAAAAGGAUGGGUCACUGUUAAUAAACUUUGGAACCAAAA